UUAGAAAAAAAAUAUAAUCCUCAAGUUCUUCAAGAACAAACUGAUUUAGAAAAUAAGGUUGACACUGCAGUUACUGCUUUAAAAGAUGAUCUUAGAAUUGUUAACACAGGAGGUCGUAAAUUUUUAGAAUUUAUAAUUGAAAAUGGUAAAAAUUUUUCAGAAUUAAAUUAUAAAUCUGAUGUUCCAGCUACCACCAAACAUUAUGGUUCCAUUAUCAAAACUGGUUAUAAUGGGAAUAAUAAACCUUAUACUCAUCCACUUUAUUUGAAUUGUGCUUGGGAUGCUGGUGAUAAGAAAAAAUUUAAAGGAGCUGAUGCAAGUAUUAUUGGAAAGAAAUAUGUUGAUAAUAGCACAAAUGUGUUGAAAGCUCCUUUUGAUGUUGAAGAAAAACACUUAACUUGGGCUAAUGUUUAUAAUAGUGAUGAAGCCGUUGAAUUUAAUGCUUAUGAUGAGGUAAUUAGUAAAGAUGGGAUUAUGGAUGAAAGAAUUAGAGAGGAAGAAAUAACCAUUUAUGAGAAGAAAUUAACUUGUUCAUCAUCAAUUUUUAACCGUCAUAUUGCAAAAAAAAACUAUACUUUGUAUGUCGAGAAAUUUAUCAGUAAUUUAUUGGAUGCGACUGGGAAAGAAUUAUUUGAAGAGGAAGAGGCUAUGGAUACUCUUGUAAAAUUUAGAGAGGAAGCGAAAGGUUUAAGUUUUGAUGAAUUAAAAGUUAGAAAUAAAUUAACUAAUUCUAGUGAUGAAAAUAUUAUCACUUAUCAAGAAACAAUUGCGAUUAGAACUUUGUUUUACUUCUUAACUGAUUUAGAAAAUGAAGGCAAACUAGAAACUCCCCUUACAACUACUGAAAGAGGAUAUCUCACUAAAGUGGAACACGAGUUAGAUAAUGCUCAACAAACCAUUGGUCUUAGUCCAGAAGAAGAAGCAGAAUUAUUGGCGAUUACUAAUUACUUAACUAAUCCAGAAUUAAGAAGUGAAAAUCUUCACGAGUUAGAACUAAAAAAGAUUGCUGAUAUUCUGCUCAAUUUAGAAGAUAAAACUACUUUUUUCAAUGAACUGAAAGAAUAUCUUAAAGAUAAGCAAGGAGUGCCAACCUUCCCUGCUGACACCACCAAUGACUAUCAAAAAACAGAUUAUUUCUUUACUUUGCUUCCCCACUAUGUAAUUGGAUUUUCAGUUACUUACCAAAUUAAGUAUGAUAGUGUUAAGAAAAAAGAAAUUGAAACUGCAAUGAAAAUUGCUAAAAAUGAGCAAAAACUAGGCUUAGACUUAACUAAAUAUGGAAAUGGUCAAGAAUUUACCGAAGAAGGAAUCAUUAGAUAUUAUGCGGAAGAAUUAGGGGGAGUAAAUCAUCGCUUUGCUCAGCAAAAAAAAGAAACUGGUGUUCCUAAACCAGAUUUCUGA